CUGAAAAACAGAGAAGAAAGAAGUCGGGAUGAACAGAGACGGAGAGAAAGGCGUAAAAGCUGCGCUCCGGAGCCAGAAACAACCGAGGACGCAGCAGCAGGUUGUGUUGCAGAAGAGGAAGAAAGAUGCUCAGAUUGUCUCCUGCUCCAACAAGGAGAAGCAGUCAGGUGUCUGUGAACCAGGGAAGGAGGUGAAAGCUGGUUCACAGGGAAAGCGAGCCGGGAAAGUGUCCUCCAGUGCCGGGGCAGAGAGCCACAGGAGCCCGGGCGCGCAGAGGAAACUCUCCGACGCCAGCAACGCGUCCGAGGACCUGAGCAAAGACUCCGGCUGCGUCUCCGGGAAACUCUCCUCCUCCGACAGCAGCUCAGAGAUCUCCGACUGCCCCUCGGAGGGCAUCAAGCACGACUCUCCCAGCAGCGACCACGAACUAAGCUGGAUCGACGGGAGAGCUUAUGAGAAUCCGAGCAAGUCGUGCGUAAAGGCAGCCCGGGUUCCCUGCGCCCUGGAGCCCGACGCUGCCGGAGAGGGGCUCACUGUGUUCAACUCCCCGGGGGUCUUCAUGGAGCUGAUCAUGGGGGAGACCACCGAGGACCUGGUCAGGGAGGUGGAGGAUUUACGAUCAGAGAACGAGUAUCUGAAAGAUGAGGUGGAGGAGCUUCGCUGUGAGAUGCUGGAGAUGCGCGACAUGUUCCAGGAGGAGGAGGUUUACCAGCUGCAGGAUCUGCGGCUGCAGCUGGAGCAGGCCAACAAGUCGUGUCGCAUCCUGCACUACCGCCUCCGCAAGGCCGAGCGCCGCAGCAUCCGGGUGGCUCAGACGGGACAGGUGGACGGGGAGCUGGUCCGGAGCCUGGAGCACGACAUCAGGGUGGCAAAGAGCGUGUCCCUGCGCUUGUACAACGAGCUGGAGGCGGUGAAGAAGAACAAUUCCCAGUUGGACUGGGACAAUGAGACGCUCCGAGAGAGGACACAGGAGCUGGAAGUGGCCAAGCAGGUUUUACAGGCCGAGGUGGAGAAAACCAGAGAGAACUCUGUGAAGAAGAAAAGCAUCAGAUCCACUAAAGCUGAGAGGAGGAUCUCUCAAGCGAUUGAGGAUGACAGCGCUGAUCUCAAGUGCCAACUCCACUUUGCCAAAGAGGAAUUAGCUCUCAUGUGCAAGAAGCUCACCAAACUGGUGUCAGAGAGCGAGGGCAUGCGCGAGGAGCUGGUCAAGUACCACUCGGCCUUCGGCGAUGUGAGCGUCGCCCAAUCACCUGAGGGCAAACACAACUCCGCCCACGCCAGGGAGGCAGAGGUCAAAGUUCACCUGAAGCUGGUGGAGGAGGAGGCCACACUGCUGAGCCGGCGCAUCGUGGAACUGGAAGUGGAGAAUCGUGGGCUGAGAGCGGAAAUGAGCGACUUGAGAGAGAAAACUGGAGGAGAUGGAGGAGGAGGAGAAGCAGAUCAAGGUGUGGAAACGUCUCUGCUGUGCAACCAGACACAGGUUGGUGAGGGGAUGAUCGCUGCUUGUCAUGUGACUCGAGAGGGUCCAGUCGGUGGAGAGUGGGACCCUUCAGACGGUCAGGAGGGCGACAACUACAGUAAAACUGACGGAGGUCUGAGAGGAAUGACUGUGAAAGACUAUGAGGCUCUUCUCGCUCUCAGAGAUCAUUCCUGCGUUCUGAGUUCAGCCAUACAGCUCCUGACAGCACCCCCCAAAAACGGGCGUUGUUCAUCUCUGACAGACGUGGACUCCAACGGUAAAGCCCAGAAGAUCUUCCUCCCGGGACCUUUGAAUGAGGCCCUGGAGCUUCUGAGGGACAUGCUGUUGUCUUUCACCGGGAGAAUGGAGACGCUUUUAACAGGAGAGGAUUCCGGCAGAAACUCUGUUUGCAAGGACGGACAUGUUUGGGAUUCCUACACUAUCUCCUCUCUCUCCGGAGACGGUGCAGAUCCUGACGAGGUCGGUCAUGACAUGAGAGAGUCACCAAGUAAACAGGAACAUGUUGAAGACCUCCGCACCUCAAAGGUCAAGGAGAGAGCAACAAGACGAGGAUGCUCGGCUCAGUGGGACCUCCUCCACAGCUGCAGGGACCCCAAAAUGCAGCUCUCACUACAGAUUCUGUGGAUCCUCCAUCAGUGGUGUCAGGUUAAAGGACCCAACCUGGAGGGAAAAGAGGGUAAAGAAAGAACCGUGUCUGUGCUGCGAGGGCUGUUGCAGGAGCUCAGUGCCGAGCUGCAGGAUGAGCGGAUUGAAUUCGACAGCGAGGCCAAGGCCGAGAGAGCCGUCAGUGGGAUCUUUGAUGAGGAACGUCCCGGUGAAGCCGACAGGAUCUGCAGCUCUAAAGAGAAAAGACUGAGGCGGCAGUUUUCUCCACGCGACCCCAAGAGCAAGAACUGGUGCUAUCUGAGCCAGGAGGUCGCCCAGCUGGACCGAGAGGACCCCGUUAAGACGUGGGACCAUCCAAUCAUGCCGCUUAGCUUCCCUGAUCUUGAUUUUGAGCAGAUGUCCAUGGAGAGGAGCCACACUGCCCCGGAGAAGUCGACGUUCCGCAUCUACUACAGCCCCCCGUCUGCUCGCAGAGUCCAGCUGGCUCAGCUGAAGCAAAGCCCCGUCGCGGACAGAGAGUCGGACAACACUUCCUCUCCCUGGUGCACGCCGCCGACCUCCUUCUCUGCGCUCUGUCUGGGCUCAUCUGCCAACUUGAGCGACGACGUGAAGGAGAUGACGGCCAGCUGGAGGCAGGCAGCUCACAGCGGUCCCCAGGAGAAGAGAGGGAGAGCAGCAGGCCGCUGGGUGGACAUGGCCUGCUCGGGCACUCAGACCUACACCAAGCCAAAGAUGGUGAGUGUUGGUCUGCAGACCGAUGGCGCCCAGGGGCCGGUCGCUGUGAGGAGCAGCCCCUCUCGAGUCCUGAGCCCCUCCUUGGUCUCGGUCCGCUCUCAUUACAUCUCCACCUCGCUGGACGCAGUACCAGGUCGAGUGGAGAGGAACAGAACCUCCACCUCUUCACCUAAACUCUACCGGAGACACUCGUCUUCUUCCACCCCCACUCUGAGCUCUUCCUCCUCCACCUCCUCUGUUUCCACCUCGAGAGACCGAGCUCUGUGGAACCAGAACCAUCAAAGCGCCUCUGGCCUCAACUGGACCAGACCAAGCAGUCAGAGACAGAGCACAGGACCGAGCCACAGCGCCCUGAGCAGCGCCAAGCCUCCCAGCAAACCUGCAGGCGCCAACCGCUACGGCCUGGUCACAGAGUUCCUGCGCAGGGUGAGCGGCCGGGCGGAGAAACCAGUGACGGUGCCGGGACCGAAGACGAGGAACGGGCUGAAGAACCUGGAACGCGUUCCCUCGACGAGGCCUCAGGCCGCCUCGCUGCACCGGGCCGACAGCGUGACCAGGAUCGUCAACCAGAGGUUCAUGAAGCAGCGAGAGGAGGCUGGGAAGGUCCCGAGGGAGGAGAGAGGCGGCGGCUUGAACCCCAGCGUGAGGCGCAGCGGCAGCGCAGAGGACGGAAACUACGACUGCAGCUCCGGCAGCACGCUGACCUUCUGCUUCUCUCGUCCGUCUCGCUGCUCCCAGAGACAAACGUCCAACCAGAGCAAGCUGCACCGACACAGACUCUCGCCGCCAGUGAGCGCGGCCGCAGGCUCCAACUGUGAGUGAGGAGGCGAGGAG